AGAGCCAUUUUGGCCCAAGCUGCCAGAGUUCGAGGCGAACCGUGCGCGAACGCGCCCCCGCCCCACGCGUAACAGCUCCAAUGGACAUGUAUCAGCAGGAGGAGUCCAUCUACAACAUCGUCCCCCCGCCGCCCCAGAUCAGGGAGAAGCCCCCAAAGCACGUGUCAAAGCAUGACCCGAAGCUGCCUCCUACUGCGUCCACCUUCAACACCAAAGGGUCCACAGUGGGCAUGACCAGCAACAUCUCAGGUGAGUCGACCGCGAAGAGCGUGCCAGACAGGGGCGGCCGGAACUUCGGCAAGCCCCCGGGCGCCUGCGUGCCAGACCCCCAGAAGCGCUUGCAGGCGAACGCGGCCAACAAGGUGCCCACGCUCUCGGAGGUGAGGAAGAACAACCCGGACCUGCUGCAACCCUCGCAGCUGAAGCCCAAGAUCAGGCCCGACGUGCCGAAGAGUGGAGACGCACCCGUGAUGAACUUGGUGAGCUCCAAGAACUUCAUUGUCGCGAACGCGGUGGAAACCAUCCUGGCCGCCCCGAAGAAGGGAUCCGACGGCGCCAGGGAUUAUCUGAGCAAGCAGGACUUCGGCAAGACGCCAAAGUACUUGAGCAGGGUCAGGGCCGACAUUGACGACGAGAAGUCCUACAUCGCAAACCUGAUGCAGCAGCAGCAGGAGGAGGAGGCCCAGAGGGUGCGCCCCAUGUCCGAGGACGAGCGCCAGUCCCUGAUCAGCGGGCUCAAAGCAAACUGGGAGACGGUCAACAAGGAUUACCAGGCCAUGGCCCACCUCACCAAGCUCGACACGGUGGGCAAGAUCAGGAGGAAGGAGCAGAUGGAGACGAAGCUCACGCAGAUCGAGAAGGACAUCGAGAAGCUGAGCAAGAAGAGCAUCAUCAUUCACAGCGAGUUCUAGGCUGCGGCCGCGCCACCGUCCGCUCCGCGGCGGCGGCGGCACCCCCCGGGCGCCGUGGGGGGGGGGGGGGCGCUUCGCUGCGGGCGGGGGGAGCGCGAAGCCCCCAGCGCUGUCCCGCGGCGUUCCCUCGCUCCGCUCCGCUCCCGCUCCUCCUCGCGGAGGCUUCUCUCUCUCCGGCGCUGCAUUGGGAAGUCCAGGGUUCGUUCGAGGCUGGCUUCUUCCCCCCCGAGGGAC